UCCCCCUUAAACCCUCGUCCUAACUCUCUCUCUCCGUCGUGCGCAGAGGAUGAGCGUGUCGAUGGAGUCCUUGCUGCUCAGAAACCCUAGCCUCAGCUCCUCCGCCUCCUCCUCCUUGCCCCUCCGCCGGCGCUCCGCCGUCUCUCCGCCGUCGCCGCCGCCGUCGUCCCUGCGCCUCGCGCCUAUCCUCCGGCCCCGCGCCCGCGGGUUCUCCGCGUCUUUCAAGAAUGUCCCUCCCGUGGGGCUCCGGUUCGGCGUCCUCUCGCUCGACAGGAGGAGUCCGUCCGCCGUCACCUUCGCAGCUUCGCACGAGGAGUCGAAGCGUUCGGAAAUCGAUGUGGAAAAGGAAAAGGAUGAUUUUGAGACGAAAUCUGAAGAAUCGGAAGAAGCGUGGAAGCAGACUUUAGAUGCUUUCAAGGAGCAAGCUCUGAAGAUGCAGAGCAUCUCGCAGGAAGCCUAUGAGAUAUACUCGAAGAAAGCGGCGGUUAUUCUGAAAGAGACUUCGGAGCAGUUGAAAAUUCAAGCAGAGAAGGCCAGAUAUGAUUUGGGUGUAGUAGCGAAAGAACUCAGCGAGGAAGGUAAAGAGUAUCUGUCCGCGGCUGCAGAGAACUCACCCGAACCUGUGAAGGAGAUUGUAGAAACGUUCUCUACUCCGACUGAGGAUCUAAAUGAUAUCUCGAAAGUCCAGGACUUUUACCUUGGAAUACCAUUCGGUUUGGCUCUUUCCGUCGGAGGUUUUCUUUCUUUCAUGCUGACGGGGAGCCUUUCUGCCAUUAGAUUUGGUGUCAUCCUUGGAGGUACUCUUUUGGCUUUGAGCGUGUCAAGUUUGAGAUAUUACAAAAGAGGAAAAUCUUCUUCUCUAGCGUUGAAAGGGCAGGCAGGGAUUGCGGGUAUAAUAUUUCUUAGAGAGAUACGUAUCCUGUCUCAGAGGCUGUCCCUUUUCAGUUUUUUGAUGACCAUCAUCAGUGGGGGGAUGCUAGUGUUUUAUCUGUAUAAGAUCAAGCAGAAUAGAGAUCAGAUGAAAGGUCCUUCCUACGAAGAGGGAAUGGAAACUCAAUGAAACAGUUAUUAAAUUCUCACAAAACUGCAGUAGCUAGGAUAUGCAAGAGGUGCAGCAAGCAGAAGCAGAAAGCGCUACAUGCUAUUGGAGAUCGGGGUCCACCAGUUGUGGCGUGUUCUUGCGCGCGUCACCUGAAGAUAAUCUCGUGGUGUCAAAUCAAAUAGGAGGUUUUUUCAAUCUUUGGGGACUGAGUGUUUUGGGGGUGAGAAUAAUAAUGAUGCAGAAUCCUGUCUUUGUCGUAGGCUCGGGUAGUGGGGUUUAUUUUUCCCCUGUAUAUUAAACUAAAUGCGGAGAAUUUGUUUGAAGAUGUCUGCCGUGAAUCAAAGCUUUGGAUUGUCGAUUGUCAUAUAA